GCUGCAUACAUUUUUUUUAUUAAAGCUUUUUUGAUACAACAGGAGAAAGGGGGGAGAAAGAAAAAAAGAAGAGGGGGGAGAAGAAUAAAACAAAAGAAAAAGGGCUUCUGAUUCUCCUGCCUGUUACAUAAAAAAAAUUCAAAACAUUCAUUUCAUGACAACAUCCAACUACUUUACUUUCCAUAAACCAGUAUUUUUCCAGUCUUCAAACCCAGAUGUGUUUUCCUUUUUACACAAAAAGUCCAAAAGGGGUUCCCAGUUAAGGAUAUUGAUAUAUGUCAGCAAGAGUUUGUCUCAAACAUUAAUCAACUUUGUCCAACAAUUUCACCAACCAUGACUCUAUAUAAAAUAAUGAUAAAUCUUUCCCUCUGCAGAUAUAAGCAUCUGUGAAUAUAAUUUAAUACAUUAUACAUUAUUGCAUAUCCAUUGGUCCGCACCCAGUUCUGUCUCUUCAAUUUCCACUUUGUAUUUGCCAUGUUUUCCACAUUAUCUAGUAUUGACUCUUCCAUUUGUGUUUCCAUUUUGCAUUUCUUCCAGUCUUUUCCAAAAAACAAUGCCAGAGAUUUAAUAGCUUUUAUCUCCAGGGAUCACUCCAAAUCGUAGAUGGAACUCUUUUCUUAGUUCCAUUGAUGUCAGAUUAUCCAGAUAUCUCUUCAUUUAUAACUUUUUGUUUUCCGGAAUCCCAGCUUUAUCAUUCAGUGGUUCUUCCACUUCAUCAGUUGCUCCUUCUACUUUUGCCACAGCUUAAUCUCUCGGUCCUGCCAGUUUUUUGUUCUCUAGGCAGGUUUCCCAAACUUGGGUCUCCAGAUCUUUUUGGAAUACAACUCUCAUCCUCGCUAGCUGGUGGGAAUUGUGGUCCGAAAAACACCUGCAGACCCUGCUCUAGAGAUGCUGUAUCAUUUCCGAUCCCUUUUCCCAUUUCAAUCGGCUCUCCCUUAAUUCCCUUCUGCGUUCUGCAAAUGUGCGCUGAGGGGGGCCAGCAAAGGCCGCGUUUUCCGAGGCGUCUUGGGGGAUCUGCAGACGAGCAUCUGGUCCGGCCUUGGCCCGCCCUUCUCCGGGCGCCCCUUCGCUCCGGGCUGGGAAGGGGCGCGGAGGAGUCCGAGGCUUCACUGGGCGAGGAGGGAAAGCCGGGAAGCGGGCCUGGGAGGCGAGAGGCUGCCCCGAGGAGGCUCGCCGGGCGCCCAGGGGCCUCUUCCUCCGCGGGGUCUCGCCCAUCCCGGGCUCCAGGCCUCACCGCCGUUGCCCGGCAACCAGCCGCUCCAGCGGACUUGGUGGUGCCUCCGCUUCCCAUCAUCCCCCGCGGACCUCGCUGAGCGCUUUCCGCUCCCUCACUUCCGGCGGCGGCUCUGUCGCCUCAGCUUCCGGCGCUCGUUGUUCCGCGCGGCGGUGGCGGCGGCGGCGACUCUCUGGUGCCCGUUUCCGGUUCCGCCUGCCGGUCUCCUUCCCUCGCUCGGUUCCUUUCGGCGCCCGCCCGCCCGUCCUCCCUUCCUCCGGCCUCCCUUCCUUCUCCGGCCCGGCGGGGCCCGCGCCUGCCCGAAGCCAUGGGGGCCUACCUGUCGCAGCCCAGCACCGCCAAGAGCUCCGGGGACGGCGCCGGGGACGGGCCUCGCCCGCUGCGCUUCGGCUUCAGCGCCAUGCAGGGCUGGCGGGUCUCCAUGGAGGUGCGCGAGGGGCGGGACCGGGGCGGGGGGGCGGGGAGGGAGCGGGCCAGAGACCCGGGCAGCGCCUCCCGCUCACGGCCGCCUCUCUUUCAGGACGCCCACAACUGCAUCCCGGACCUGGACGGCGAGACCGCGAUGUUCUCCGUCUACGACGGCCAUGGAGGUGAGCGCGGCCCCUGGGCUCGGGGGGGGCCGGACGGGAGCCCCGAGGCGGCGGGGGGGGCGGGGUCCUCCUCCCCCGGGACUCUCUGGGCGCCCCUCCCUGCUCGGGGCCGCCACUCGGGGUCCCUCUGCCUGGAUCCCAAGGGCCGUCUGGUCCGAUCCUCUGACGGCCCCCCUCUCCUUUGCUCCAGGGGAAGAGGUCGCUCUGUACUGUGCCAAGUACCUCCCAGAAAUCAUCAAGGACCAGAAAGCAUACAAAGAGGGCAAGCUGCAAAAGGUAAGGGGCAAAGGGCCUUUCCAAGGAGCCACUUCCCCCUCACCAGGCUUCAGAGCUCAGGGCCAAAACAGGAAGCCCUUCGCAGCAUGUGGGGCACAGGUCUUCUUGCCAGGUUCCAGCCACGACCUGUGCAGGGUGGGGAGCUUAGCGCCCAAAGCUGAGCCUCCCAGGGGAAAUGUUGCAAAGGGAUGUUAGCACAGCCCUUUCUUGCGACUCUGAAGCUGAAUGGGGCCUCGCCCUGGCCCCAUUUCAACAGGGUGGCAUGGCCAGUUGCUGCAACUUGGAUUGGGGGACUGUGAUCCCUCUUGGAAUUGUAGAAUUGGAAGGGACCCCCAUCCAGUCCAACCCCCAACAAUGCAGGAAUCACAACGAAAGAUGUGGCCAUCCAACCUUCCUUUGAAAAUCUCCAAUGAAGGAAAGUCUGCCUCCUUCCGGCAGAUUCUGUUCCGCAAUCAAACAUUUCUUACACUUAUUAUUAUUAUUAUUUAUACCCUGCCCAUCUGGCUGGGUUUUCCCAGCCACCCUUGGCGGCUCCCAGCAGCAGAAAAAUCUUCCUAAGGUUUCCUUGUCAUUUGAAUCCCUUGGCUUGGAUCCUUGCUCCAUCUCUCACGGGACAGCCCUUCUGGUAUUUAAAGUGGCUCCCAAGUUACCUUUGCAUUUCCUCUUCUGCAGGCUAAACAUCCCCAACUGCAUCAAUCAUUCCUCAGAAGGCCCUUGAUUUUCGCAUCUUUAUUUCCCUGAAUGUGAUGUUAUAUGGUCAAGUAACUGUUAAAGAAGAAUUCUUAGGGUGUUUCAUUUCUGAGACCUUCAGGGGUUGCUUGGUUAUGUGUAACAGGCCUCCAGAGAAUGGCAGAAUUGCUUUGCCCAAUUGUCUCUUGUCUCCUAACUGGCUAGCUUGAUGGCUUUAGGAAGCUCCCAAGCCGGGUUCAGCCUCCCUACCCCCAAUUAGAGCAAAGGCUGGAACUUGAACCGGCCAUUGUUCUGUUCGCAGGACUCCUUAUUACCAAGAGACUCAGGCAAAGGACAGAAGGCCCUCCUGUUUUGCUUGGUUCUGGUGCAGUGUUGGGUUGCCCCACUUGCAGGGGUUCGAGAGCACCGCUGGGACUGACACCCUUUCUGUGCUGCUGUAGGCUCUUGAGGAUGCCUUUCUGGCAAUCGAUGCUAAGCUGACAACUGAGGAGGUGAUCAAGGAACUGUCGCUGAUGGCAGGUCGACCCCGAGAUGAUGGGGAUGAGAAGGAGGAAAAGGUGGCUGAUGAAGAUGAUGGUGAGCAACAGAGGCAGUUCAUUGCCCAGACAGGAGUGUCCCCGGGGACAGAACUGAAUCAGAACCAGAGGGUGGGGGGCAAAGGAUUCUCUUAGCUUUGUCCCGAAGAGACGUUUCUCCACUGGGAGAGGCAGAGAGGCAAACACUGUCUUGUACACAGUGAGAUUAGGAUUGCACCACAAGAAUGGGGAGACUUGGCUGUGGCUACUAGCCUGAUUUGGCUUCCUUGAGAGGCUGCAGCUGCCCAGAGUCAUGGGCAAAGCAGCGCUGGUCUAUUGUAGGGAGUGGGCUUGAGGGGUAUGAAAAGCUCUGUAUGUUCAGAGCAACCAGGUGAAGGUGGGGCGGGGGUGUUAUGGGGUUCCAAGGGACUCUGUGAUGGAUUGGCUGGGAGAACAGAUCCUUCUUUCCUUGUUUCUAGUGUAGGUUGCAUGGGCAGGAUCCAGCAGAGUGGAUUUCUGCUUGCACAACAAAAGUCUUCUCUCCCUGCAUGUUCUUCUCAAAAUGAGAACCUAGAACAGGAAUUUUAGAGGCAACAUAUGGAGAGGAAGUCCUUGCAGUAGCAGAGAAGCUUGGCUUGAUCCUGCCCUGGGCCUGGAAGCCAUUUUCCUCCUGAAUGGCACUACUGGGCCAGGGAACAGUGACCCCCCCAUUUCCUUUCUCUCUGUCCCUGUUCAGUGGACAACGAGGAGGCUGCCUUGCUGCACGAGGAGGCCACCAUGACCAUUGAGGAGCUGCUCACGCGUUAUGGCCAAAACUGCGUCAAGGGCAAGUUGGGGACCCCCAGCAAAGACGCAGCGCAGGAAGAGGCGCAGAAAGGGCGGAGCCUGAAUGGGGAGGUGGACACAGAGGAGCUCCUGAGGCACCGCCAGGAGGAGGAGGAGGAGGAGGAGGAGGCAGCCAACGGCCAGGCAUGCCCCAAGUCCUCCAGCGCCUGCCCUGGCCCAGACGCGGCUGGCGGGGGGGAUGCUGCCGCUCCUUCCCAGAAAAAGGCUGCUGAGGGAGGGCCAGCCUCCAGCACAGGCGAGGCAGAACCGUCCUGCUCCUCCGCAAGCAAGGCCCAGCGGGGGGCUAAGUCCAAGUUCUUUGAGGACAGUGAGGAGGAGGAAGAGGAGGAGGAAGAAGAGGAGGAGGAGGAAGAGGAAGAAGAUGACAGCGAGGUACCCAACGUGGGUGGGUGGGUGGGUUGGCCACUUGAGCCCCACGGUCUUCCCAUGUCUGGGCUGGUGGGGAAACCAGACGUCAUUGACCCGCAGGCCCCUUUGCUGCACUCAGCUUCAGCCUUAGAAAUCAGGCAGCCGCGUUUUGCGACUGACACAGAGCCAAUUGUGACCACAUGGAGCUCUCUGGAUGCCAGGCUGGUCUUAUUCUGAAUUGUUUUAUUUGAUGUUUUAAUGUGUUGUAAACCGCUUUACGAUUGGUUCUUUCAAGUAUAAAGCAGUAUAGAAAUGAAGUCAUAGAAUUGUAGAGUUGGAAGGGAACACGAGACUCAUGAAUAAUAACAGUCGUAUCUUGAAUCUUGAAUGUCCUGGAACUCAGACGUUUUGGCUCUCAAAUGCUGCAAACCCGGAAGUGAUUGUUCCGGUUUGCGAAUGUUCUUUUGGAACCCUAACGUCCGACGGGGCUUCCACGGCUUCUAAUUGGCUGCAGGAGAUUCCUGCAGCCAAUCAGAAGCUGUGAUUUGGUUUUCGAAUGUCGAACGGACUUCUGGAACAGAUUCCGUACGACUAAUUUUAAAAACCUCAUUAUUAUUAUUUUUUAAAUGCCAACACGUUCUACUGUGGUGACCAUAACCCAGGCUUUAGUUGCCAUUUGGUUAUCAGACUAUAUAAACCACUGAGCCUCUUGGGCUUGCCGAUUGGAAUGUUGGCAGUUUGAACCCAUGCAAUGGGGUGAGCUCCCGUUGCUCUGUCCCAGCUCCUGCCAACCCAGCAGUUUGAAAGCACACCAGUGCCGGUAGAUAAAUAGGUACUGCUGCACCUGGAAGGUAAAUGGCCUUUCUGUGCGCUCUGGUUUCCAUCAUGGGGUCCCACUGCGCCAGAAGCAGUUUAGUCAUGCUGACCACAUGACCUGGAAAGCUGUCUGCGGACCAACGCGAGCUCCCUCAGCCUGAAGCAAGAUGAGUGCCACACCCAUCAUCGCCUUUGACUGGACUUCCUUGUCCAGGGCUCCUUUAUCUUUACCUUAUUAGAUUAUAUAUAAGAGAUUCCAAGAGUGCUCACUUCUUUUCUUGGGGGUGGGUGGGUUCGUGUUUCAACCAGGAAUGCAGUGAGGACGAGGAUGGUUACAGCAGCGAGGAGGCAGAAAACGAGGACGAAGACGACACCGAGGAAGCGGAGGAGGAGGAGGACGAAGACAUGAUGCUCCCAGGCAUGGAAGGCAAGGAGAAGGUCAGUCAGUGCCUGGGCGGGAGGAGGGGUCUCUGAGGAGGAAGAGCUGUGCUCCGAGUCUCCCUCACUAGCCCAGAGGGGCCUUGGCGCUUGCUGAGCUCUGCCUUCUUGGUCUGCAGCCUGGCUCUGACAGCGGCACGACGGCAGUGGUGGCGCUUAUCCGGGGCAAGCAGCUGAUUGUGGCCAACGCCGGAGACUCUCGCUGCGUCGUGUCGGAGGGCGGCAAAGCCGUGGACAUGUCCUAUGACCACAAGCCGGAGGACGAGGUGGAGCUGGCCAGGAUAAAGAACGCUGGUGGGAAAGUGACCAUGGACGGCCGGGUGAAUGGGGGCCUGAAUCUCUCCAGAGCCAUUGGUGAGCGGUUCAGCAGGCUGCCAGGCAGUCACUUCCUCUCUGCCCCUUCCCUGCUAGGGAGAGCCCAGCGACCCUCCUUCCCCUGAUCCAUUGUGGAGCCCUUUGCUCUGAGGGGCAGGUGAGGUCAAGGUUUGAAUGGGAGGAAGAUGGCCUGUUUCCCCCACCCCCCACUACUUAGAAUAAUAGAAUCUAUCUAAGAGUUGGAAGGGACCCCCAAAGGCCAUCCGGUCCAACCCCCUGCAAUGCAGGAAUCUCAGCGAAAGCAUCCAUGGCAGGUGGCAACCCAUCCUCUCCUUAAAAACCUCCAAGAAAAGCGAGUUCGCCACCUUCUGAGGGAGCCUGUUCCGCUGCUGGGCGCCUGUUGCCCUUGGAGAGUUCUUGCGGAAGGAGAGAGACCAGCCCAAAGGCUCCACUCCCCUUCCUUGGAGCCCCCUCACCUAUUUCUCUCCUCUGCAGGCGACCACUUCUACAAGCGCAACAAGAACCUUCCCCCGGAGGAGCAGAUGAUCUCUGCGCUGCCGGAUAUCAAGGUGCUGACAAUCAACGAGGACCACGACUUCAUGGUCAUUGCCUGCGACGGCAUCUGGUAGGUGUCUGGGGGGGGAGCUGCUGCCCUUGUUGCUGCCGCUGGGCUUCCUCUCUCAGCUCACUGGGGGCAGCUCACACGGGAUCCUGGAUUGGGCUGCAUUGGUCCGAGAGCAGCCUGGCCUUCCUCCUGCGCCUGCUGACCUCCCUUCUCUUUGCGUCCGCCUCUGCCCAGGAAUGUCAUGAGCAGCCAGGAGGUGGUGGACUUUGUCCAGUCCAAGAUCACCCAGAAGCAGGAGAAUGGAGAACUUCGAUCCCUUUCGUCCAUAGUAGAAGAGGUGAGUGGCAGGCCUUACAAGCCAUUUCAGCUCCUCCUUCCACGCUGUUGGGCUCAGGCACUUUUAAGAGGCAGGGCUGCAAAAAUUAUUAUGUAUUGAAUUUGUAUCACUACAAAAGGACCACAGCAGGAGGACCAGAAUUCUGGGUUGGGGCAGCUCAACCCAAACGCAGGGCCCUUGGCAGUGGCUGGGCUCCGGUAGCGCCAGCAAGCAGGAAAUCCCACCCAGCUGGCUGUGUGAGGGGGCUCCGGAAAAGGAGACCAGGCCUGCACCCAAGCUUGUCUGAGGCCCAGAGCGGGGGUCUUUUCCAUGAGACACCCCACCAUGAUGCCAUUUCCUAACCUGCAAUGCAUACAGACAGACAUGGUCGUUUUGCCCGUUAGGUCUGCAGUCGGCUGAGAGGCAUGGGGUGUUCUUGGCAUGGCAGCGUAUGCCUGGCACAUCCCUGGCUGGCGUCCCCUCUGAGGCCCAGGGCAAGUGUACCUCUGCAUGGGCCUGAACCAGGUUUUGGGACUUCUGGGCCCAGCUGGGGGUGCCUGCCUGCCUGCCUACCUUCAGGGCUGUUGUGUGUGCCUUUCCUUCUCUCUGUCUCGCUCUCUGCCCAAAGAGGCACCUACCUCCUCCACCCAUUUGAGGAGAGGUGCCCUUGUGCCCAGCACCAGCCUGCCUACACAUCUCCUGCCAGCCGCACACCCAAUGCCAGCUGGCUGCCUUGAGCAUCCUUGACGCAGCUGCUGCUCCUGGCCAGGCCCUGCGAGACACAGCUGGUACAUUGAGGUGACGCUGGGCCUUCCCCCCCCCCUCUCUGCCAGCUCCUGGACCGCUGCCUGGCUCCGGACACGUCUGGUGACGGGACCGGCUGUGACAACAUGACCUGCAUCAUCAUCUCCUUCAAGCCUCGCCCCACCCCGGGGCCCCCGGCCGAGGGUGGCAAACGGAAACUGGAGAAGGAGGAGGAGGAGAGCGGCAGUGGCUGCACAGGGGCAGCGGCAGCAGCCGAGGCGGCAGAGGCAGCCCCCUCGGCCCCCACGGAAGAGAGCUGCAGCAAGAAGGCCAGGCAGGACUAGCAGCGCCCGCGUUGGGCUGGGAAUCGCCUGAGCUCGCCCUGGACUCUUGUUUUCUAAGCGACGCUGAACUCUUGGUGCCAGAGUUAGGCCUUUUUUAGCCUUAGGGAGGCCCAGUUUGUCUGUGUCAUUUGGAGGAGGGGGUUCCCGGGGGUCCCACUUGCUGUUCUUGGCAACCAUUCCGAAGAGGGAAUGGCGGGGGAGGUCCAGGGCCCCGAAGGCGGCCCCCCACUCCCCCCAUCCCCCCGCAGCGUCUCUCCAAGUGGUUGUUGCCAUUUCCGUGCCUGUGAUGUUUCUGUUGGAGGGAAGCAGUUUUUCAUUGUCAAGGUUUCUCAGCUGCCCCCUAUUUAAGGCCUCUCGGGUUUUUUUUAUUUGUGGGAUUGGCGCCCACCCCCCUUCCCAUGUUGGCCGCCAAGCCUCACUAUCUUUCAACUGAGAUUUUUCAAACUAAAAUCCCAAAAACUGAA